AGAAAAUCAGAACACUUAGUAUCUUCCUCCACGAUCUCUGUGUGUCUCGUCAAGAUUGACAACGUGCUGCUCCGCAAUGCGAGACUGAUUCAUUCACUCACCGCUGAAAAUACACAGAAAUAAUGUACUUGUAUAUCCCUGGACUGGUGGCUUCCUGGCUCAUCUAUCGUUGGUACAAGGAAAGAAAAAGAGUGCUCCACAAGGAAGAUAAAUAUGUCUACAUCACUGGCUGUGACACAGGGUUUGGAAAUCUCCUUGCAAGACACCUGGACUCGCAGGGCUUCAGUGUGAUUGCAGGUUGUUACACCAAGGAGGGUGAGGACGAGCUGAGGAAGAUCACCUCCGACAGGCUGACGACAGUUCACCUGGACGUCACAGACUCUGUGAGUGUCAGCCGAGCAGCAGCUCUUAUCCAGACUCUGGUUGGACACAAGGGUCUGUGGGCCCUGGUAAACAAUGCUGGAGUCGCUCAGCCGUCUGGUCCCACUGACUGGCUCACCAUAGACGACUACAAGAGCAUGCUAGCUGUCAAUCUGUGCGGUCUAAUCGACGUAACACUGAGCGUCCUCCCUCUCAUCAAGAAGGCCAGAGGCAGAGUGGUGAACGUCUCCAGUGUGUUUGGGCGAGUCACCCCAUUCGGCGGCCCAUACUGCGUUACCAAGUACGGAGUGGAGGGCUUCAACGACUCUCUGCGUAUCAACAUGGCACCGUUUGGAAUCAAGGUUGCAUGCAUUGAGCCGGGCAUCUUCAAAACAAAAGUGACUGAUACAACGGUGAUGAAAAAUAACGUGAGGAGGCUCUGGGACAGAUUACCGCAGGAUGUGAAGGACGACUACGGACCUGACUUCUUGGCAGCAUCUCAAGCAAUGUUGGAUCAAAGGUUUGGGAUGUUGAUGGACAGCGAUCUGAUGAAGGUGGUCGCCUGCAUGGAGCACGCCGUGUCUGCUGUUCAUCCUCGUACUCGCUACUCUCCUGGAUGGGACGCAAAGCUCUUUUGGUUGCCUGUGUCUUACAUGCCAACCUGCAUCACUGAUAGACUUUUCCAAAAAACUUGUCCCAAAUUUACACCAAAAGUAUUUGCACUUUAGUUUAUGUCGAAUUAGUUGUUGGAGGAAGAAUUUGGGCAAACUUUAAGAUCACUUAAGUGUAUUUUAUUUUUGUUGCACUAAAUGUUUGUACAUGAAGGAUCACACCACUGAUAGCAUCAUAGAAACAUUUUCUGUAUUAUAAAAUAUGUUUGACUCUUUAUUAUGACUUUGUCUCUGGACAUUAUCAUGCUUGCCCUAUAAGAUCUAAUUUUACUUAUUUUGAUUAUCAAUGUUACAAAUAAAAUCAGAACUAUAUAAUAAGGGAAGGGACAAACUGGUCUCUACAGUCUCACUUGCUAUAAUAAAUUAAUUUUAAAGGCGCAAAAUGAUUAAGUCCAUUCUUGCACUAGGUUUCGUCUCUAAGUUAGAAUAAAGUGGGUGCUUUUAAAUAAAAAAAUCUAAAGUUACUAAACAUAAAACAAUGCUGGUAAAACAUUUAAUUUUGCCCUUAUAUCCUCAAAAGACCUUGACACAACGUCAAACUCCAGUGUCGACUGAGAAAGGAUCGUCACUACAGUCAGUCAUUCUCUAAUGAGGAAGACACAUCUUCAUCUAAAGAACUGUAGCAUUGGUAUGUUUGCUGUUUUGUUUUAAAUUUUAUACAAAUUACUGUAAGAGCAUUGAAAUAGAAUUGAGAUGUUAACUUCAUUCUUUGUAUAUACUGACUCAAAAUUAAAGAACAGACACUUGA